AUGGCUAAACAUCCUAAUGUGGAAGUCAGUGUUUUCUUACCUCAGUGUAGUGAAGAGGACAAGAAAGAUGCUGAUAGUUACAAUGUUAAACUCAUUGAAGCAGAUAAACUGGGUGGUUUUGAACCAGUUGAUUGGCUAGCCUCUGUACCUGACGGCCAUGCUAUGGAUUGUGUUCUAGGCCAUGGAGUAGCUCUUGGUCGGCAAAUUCAACUCAUAAAGAGAAAUUCCAAUAACAGUCAUUGCAAAUGGAUUCAAGUUGUCCAUACUGCCCCUGAAGAAAUUGGCAUGUACAAAAGCAUUUCUGAAGGUCAACAAAAGCAGCAAACAGAAAUAGAAUUAUGUCAAAUGGCGAAUCAAGUUGUAACAAUUGGCCCCAAGCUAACUGAUGCAUAUAAGCACCAACUCAGAAAACAAGAUGUUUUUAACCUGACGCCAAGCGUUUUCACAGAAUUUUCAGAUGUGCAGCAAGCAAGUGAUGAAGGAAGAAGAUUUUGUGUCUUGGUAAUUGAGAGUGGUGAUAGUGAAGAUUUUGAUGUUAAGGGGUACGAUACUGCAGCAAAAGCUAUUGCUGAGCUAAAGGAUAAAUCUUACCAACUCAAGUUUGCUUCCAAACAGAAAGGAAAAGAAGAUGAAUUAAAACACAAGUUACUUCAGUGUGGUAUUGGUCGUAAUCAGCUAAGUAUCUGCAGUUUAGAUGAAGACAGGGAAACAUUAGCAAACUUAUUCUCUGUGGUGGAUAUUGCCAUACUGCCCUCAAAAACAGAGGGAUUCGGGUUGAGUGCUCUUCAGGCCAUAUCUGCUGGUCUUCCAGUACUUGUCAGUGGUAACUCAGGAAUUGCAGAAGCCUUAAAGGAGGUGACUUAUGGGUCACAGUGUAUAGUGAAUUCAGAGGAUCCUGCAGCCUGGGCCAGUGCAAUAAAAGCUGUGCAUGACAAAAAAAGGAAUGUACGACUUGAAGAGGCUAAGAGUCUUCGUGAAAACUAUUUGCAGAAGUUCAGCUGGGAGGAACCUUGCAAUUUCCUUGUGGAAAAGAUGUACAAUCUUGCAUUUGGUAAGUUUUCUCAUAUUGCAUCAGGAAAGCAGAAAAUUUGAAAUAAUGACAAAGCUCACAUGUUCUGCAUUAAAUAUUCAAUUUACCAGUGAGCAGUUGUUUCUAAAUGCUAUAGGGACAGUUUGUGACGAGUUGGUAUGAGACUACUCCAUUUAGAUGUAUUCUAAUCUUUACUUCAGGAAAGAAGAAAACUUGGAAUUCAGAACAUGAGAAUGGAGGGGCAUGUUCAUCCAGUGGUAAGAGCCAUAGAGAAUUAGCACUGACUGAUCAUGUUCAUCAGUAUGAUGAUGUCUUUGCAAAUUUUGUGGAAAAUCAAUGUUUAUACUUGAUAUUAUAUUAUUACCUAUAAUGUAGCACUCAGUUGUCCAUAAUCAAUGUGACUUCACCAAACCUUUAUCAAAUUAAUUUUCCAAAAAUCCAAAAUCAUCAGGCUUCUUAUGCUUUUCUCCAGAUCCUGGGUUCAUUUCAUUGCAGCUCUAAAAUUAAGUUAACAAAAUAACAAAUGGAUGAUCAUUCUAGCAAUUCAAGUUCUAAGACAGUAAGAGAGCCAUAUUUUUUCCUUGACUGCUAAAAUGAAACAUGAAUUGUUAUGCAUGUACCUCACAGAAAAUGCCAUUUUGAUGGCAUCCUCCUAAACUUUUGGAUUUACUUUAAUUACUUAAUACUCUACUUGCAGACUUAGGGGCAAGACUAAUUGUCCAGAGGAGUGAAAACUCUGAUGUUCAUCAGUGUACAGUGACUGAACAAGAGCCUUCUGUCAAAGAAAUUGAGCUUCAAGGAGAUGUCAUCAGAAAUAAGAAACGUAGAGCUCCUAACCCAAGCAAUGUUAACACUGUUGUGAAGAAAAAAAGGGAGGUCUCUGAGGAGGUAUCAGACUCAGUUCCUGGUCCAGGUAUAUUUUAUACCAUUCUAUUCCAUCAAUCAAUCAACUAA